UGCACGUGUGUCUUUAUUGCCAGGGGACAGGAGAGGUAGAGGUGGAUCCAACCAGCACCUCCUAUCAUGCAGACAGGACAGCGUGUAGCGAACACCGACAGGAUUUGAUCUCUUCACUCUCACUUCUGUCUGACAACUCUACUCUGCCUGGCCCGGCCUGCGUGCACACGCCCUUAUCAGAUGCACCUCGCGCCUAUAGCACUUUGAGGAGAUAAAGUAGUGAGAGUGUGUGUGACUGACUGGCUGACUAACGGUGUGAGAAAUGAAUGGCUACGGAUCGCCCUACCUGUACAUGGGGGGCCCGGUGACCCAGGCCCGAGCGCCGCUCCAGAGGACCCCCAAGUGCGCGCGGUGCCGGAACCACGGCGUCCUGUCCUGGCUGAAGGGCCACAAGCGAUACUGCCGCUUCAAGGACUGCACCUGCGAGAAAUGCAUCCUGAUCAUCGAGAGGCAGCGGGUCAUGGCGGCUCAGGUGGCGCUCCGCAGACAGCAGGCCAACGAGAGUCUGGAGAGCCUCAUCCCAGAGUCUCUGAGAGCUCUGCCCGGCAUCACGGUGCCUGGACCCGGGGAGGGGAACAAGGGCUUGCCACACCGCUCUGGAGGAAUGGACCUCCUAUGGACCUCGAAACAGACUGCCAACACGCAGG